GCAAGUCCGGCACCAUACUUCCGGUAGCGCACAACCUCAUAUAAAUACUGUGCUAUGUAAUUUCCUUUUCUCUUUAUCUCUCCUCUCACAAAAUGACAAAGAAGAGAAGGAACAAUGGACGGGCCAAGAAGGGCCGUGGGCACGUUCAACCCAUUCGCUGCACCAACUGUGCUCGAUGUGUUCCCAAGGAUAAGGCCAUUAAGAAGUUUGUUAUAAGGAAUAUUGUUGAGGCUGCCGCCGUGAGAGAUAUUUCUGAAGCCAGUGUCUUUGAAUCCUAUGUCUUGCCGAAGCUUUACGUGAAGCUGCACUACUGUGUUAGCUGUGCUAUUCACAGCAAGGUGGUAAGAAAUCGAUCACGUGAGGCAAGAAAAGACCGCACACCACCUCCAAGAUUUAGACCUGGAGGUGCUCCUCCGCGACCUCCACAAAAGACCAUGUAGGAGAACAAUUCUACAAAUUAAAUAAAAAUAUGGAAAAAAAAAUGUAAUCUUUCCUUUUUUAGGAAUAAAUGGUUUUGGUUCUGUAAAA